AUCAUACCUUCGCGCUUAGCGAACUCACUUGGUAUCUGGACCAGUCUGUAGUCAUUCUGACAAUCGGGAACGGUCAGUCUGACAAUCGAGACUGGACAGUGAUGGAGUCACCCCCGGGAUGUAACCGUGACGGUCCCGUCAAGAAUCUGAGCCGUACACUCAAUGGGUCCUACCUAAUGGCCUGUGGUAUCGGAGAGGAUGGGGACUCGUCCGAUCAGCAGGACUAUAGAUAUGCUGAUCAGGAUCGGAGGGGCGGUGGUCAUUGCACGUGCGACGGCGGUGAUGUCCCACACGUGUACGAAAACCCACUGGCCUGUGACGGAAGUAGCGAGAGCGUGACCCUCAACAGCAGCUACACAGAGGAAGAGGAAAGUGUGACCGCCGCACAGACCUCGCGCUGGGUCCAGCAGACACGUGAUAGCCAAAACAAGUCUAAGUUGUCAAGAGUCAUUUCUGUGGACAUCGCUGACCGUUCGCUUCCCGCUCCCGCGGACAUCAGUGAUGGAGUGGUGGUGUGUCGGAUUUGUCACGACGAUGAUUCGGAACAACCUCUAAUUUCGCCCUGCUUCUGUUCGGGAUCUAUGGGUAUGCUACACAUGUCCUGUCUGGAACAGUGGCUCGGCACCUCCGACACAACGAAAUGUGAAAUAUGCCAGUUCCAGUUUUCCAUUAACAAAAAAGCCAGAUCCUGUAAAUGGUUCCUGACCAAUAAGAAGCUGGGCAGAGAGAGACGGUUACUGCUGGCUGAUCUGUGCUGUUGUAUGUGGUACGCGCCCUCUACUAUCGCCACCACAUUGUCCUGUCUGAUCGGCGCCACACACUUCACUUCCGCCAAGAAGAGCUGGGAGGCCACUAGUCUCAUCCUUCUGGCCACUAUCAACAUGUGCUUUUUUAUGUUGUGGUGUGGGCUUGCCUUUCGUCGAAAUUUGAGAAUAUGCAAUAAAUGGAAGGAAACCCACCAAUUGAUUCGUAUUAAGUACAACCCUCCAUCAAAGAAAGGCGUACACAGUCCCUCUCCGUCGCCUUCCGCCAACAGUAAUUCCGUUGACAUUCCACCGGAAACGCCGUCUGCAACAAAGUCAACAGAAAUGGCGCAACGGGAGCGUAUCACCGGAACGCCGUACGGGUCUCCGUGGCCGCGACGUCACUCAAAGUUAAACAGUACGUCCACUCCACGCAUGCCCAAUGCAUAUACCAAGUUGAAUGACAGCUGUUACAGGAUGCCAGAACAGACACCGAUUAACUUUAUCCGAGACCAUAUGAUGCGGAAAUGGGGACUGUAUUCCAACCAUUCGUCCACACCAGUCCGAGGGCAUGACGUCACCGCGGUCAGACAAACGAACCAGAACGCUGACUGCCGGGAGGUGUUAUGUAUGACGCCCAUCGCACCAGACGAUAUAGUGACGUCAGCAGACCCGCGCGCACCUGUUUCUGCCAUUUGGCGGCAAGGCUUGCAGGGUUCCGAGGUAGAAGGCGCCGAUGCAGUGUAACUUGUGUUCAUAAGGAAUAAUGACAUCUUCACCAUUCCAAAGUCUAAUUUUUGGAAUGGAGAGACAUUUGCAUUUUGAAACGUAAAAUUAUGGUGUAAUAUAUUUAUAUAUAACAAUGCUAUCAUUUAACUAGUUUAAUUAGUGCUACUCUAUGACCUGUGUUAUGCUUUUUUGAACAGUGUAUCAGCCAUUUUCUGAUAUUAUAUAAUUGCCGAUAGGAAGAUGGCUAUAUACUGCAUAUGUUCUCCAGAUUAAAGUCUAAAACGUGACAUAAAAUGUAUAUUUUUGAUAAAACAGAAAUAAUUGUCAAUGCCAUUGCUGUUUUCAUAAACCUGAUCAUAAACAUUU